AUGUGUUGUCGUCUGCUUUUUUUCUGAAACACAUUGGAAAAAAGCCUGUGUUUGGCGUUGAAUUUGCUUUUGAAUAUUUUUGUAAAAAAUCCCAAUUUUCUUAAAAAAACCAUUAGAAUAUUCACUUAACAAAACCAGUUAACCACUAGAAAGUUGUAAAUCAUCAGUUCAACAUGCUGCUUACUAGAGUUCUGUUUGCUAAAAAAGCUAAAGCCAAGGACGUCUUGGUCAUGUUAGAAAGCAUUGUUUCAGGACAUAGGGUUAACCUGAUUCGACCAAGAUUAGAUGAUAAAUUGGAAAUUAUACGUUUUGACCCUUGGAUUAGGACCAUGUGCAUAUAUAAGGAGAAAAAGAAAGUUCGUAAAAACUUUUUCACACACUUUGACUUGAAAUUUUAAUGCCUUCCUCUUCCACGCCACUGCGGCUUCUGAUCUUGAUUCCACGAGUUUCCUCCUUGAUUCCAACCACCUUGGACUCGGCCGCCUCCUCUUUGACCUCCACCACCACCAUCGCGAUAUCCACCUCUUCCACCUCCAUCCGGUUUACGUUUCUGCCAUCCGGGCAUUUCGGGUGGUGGACGUCGGUUUUCAGUAGCACGACCACCUCGAUCAGGAACCUUUCAUAACGAUAAUUUCAUUUAAUUAAUAGGAAACUGAUGUGGCGCAAUCAAGUUAAAGCCUACCUCGCCAAUGAGCAUUCGUUGAAGCGGAGUCUUCGUCUUCUCUCUAACGGAGGCGCUACUUGUUUUCUCCUCAUAAGCAACAUCCUCUCUGGUAAUAAAGAUGUUUCAAUAAGCAUUAAGAUAGAUUCUAGUUUUCCAGCGAGACAGAUAAACAUAUUUACUACCUAGCGGAUAGCAAGCGACUGAUAUUCACAUUGGGCUCUGCCAGCAUGCUAGAUCUCAAGGGUUGGAAAAUUGCCGAUACUUCAUCCAUUUUACUUUUAACACUCGGAGACCACUAAAUACCAAAGAACGUCUCGUCUUAAAAUGAGUAGGUUUUCACAAUUUUUACUUGGUUCUUACCGUGAACGAUAGGACUGUCACAUCAAGCCGGGUUAGCAACAUUUCUCGUCUUAGUUUAUAGUCCUUGUUCAGUUCUCCCAAAAGUUGGUGAAGCUGACUCCAUUGUUGCUCUGUCAGUGAUGUUUUCAGUAGAGGAGAUCCUGGAUAGUCUUUUGGGGCUGUUGAUAAAAUUUCUCGAAUCUUGACGGCCAUUUUAUUGAAAAGUUGCUUGGCAGAAAUAUCAGAAGGUGGUUUGCUAAAGCCCAAAGUCAUUAAUGCAGAUUUUAGUUUUUCAGCUGUUGGGGUUUCCUAAAUUGUAGAAAUAUAUGAGUCACAGCAUUUAAAGGACAAACUUGUUUAAAUAUUUACAGAUUUUAGGGAACAUUUUUCCAGUUGAUUUUCAAGAUUAUUCAUCAUUGCAGCUUGGCAUUCAGAAAUGAGAAAGUUUAACAGUUUAAAAUGAUUUUCUCUAGCUGUAAGCCUCAGGGCAGGGGGUCCAUCCAUCAAAACGCUAUAAGGACAAUCUGUGCAUGUGAAAUGUUACACAUUUUGUCAAUUGAAAGAGUCCCUUUUAAGAUAUCUUACAGAGUUCUUGUAAAAGUCCAGCCAAUUCCAUACAAAACAUCUCUCCCUCUUCUGGCUUUUCAAUGGCAUUAACCAUAUCUUCGAGUUGGCAAAGUGAUCCUAG